AUCGAUCUAAUUCUUCUUGGUCAUCAUCAUUAUCACUAUUAGACAAAUCAAUAUGCAUUGGAUCAUCGAUUGGAUCAUUGAAUUCUACUGAUAGUCAUACUUGUUCUAUAAGAGAUAAUCAUACUCGUUCUAUAAGAGAUAAUCAAUCUUGUUCUGCGAGAGAUCGUUCUCAUUCUAAAAUCGCAAACUCAAACCCUAUCAUUCGAAAAUCAAGAUCACAAACUCCCAUUAUUUAUAAUCUGAGAGAACAUUUGCUUAAAAUUCAAGAUGAAUAUGCUCAAGAUAAACAUAUGCAAGAUGAACGUACUCAAAAUGAACAUUCGCCUACUACAUAUG